AUGCUCCUUGCAUUGCUGGGAACAUUGGGAGACGCGGUCCUAACAGCUUGGAGCACCGAACUCCUCUGGAAGUUGACGGAAGAGGCUGACGUACAGAAGGCGGUCAUGGAAGCACCAGGCGUCCUGCAGCGGCUCGUCGAUAUUCUCGACGCAAAUGAAGACAACAGAGAUUUGCUGGAUUCGGCAACCAGCGUUUUGAAGAACCUGACGGCGGUCCCAGCGAACCGGAAAACGAUCGCUGCCGUUCCGGGGUGCCUGGAAAGACUUGUCUCCGUGAUGGAGGUAGUCUGGGCUCCGCAGGUCCAAGCGUCCGUGCUUGCUGACUUGGCGGACGACAUGGCGGUUGGGAGAGCUAUAGCGUCGGUGCCCGGGGCCUUAGCAGGACUCCUAGAGAUUCUCGACGUUGAGAUACACGAGGAUGCAUAUGCAGCAAGGGCUCUGAAGAGUCUGGCAGCGGACAGCGAGACCGCGCGGGCAAUUAAGGCACAGCCGGGGAGCCUUCAAAAGCUGGAGAACUUCUGUAGAAUCCAAUGGUCCAAGUACCAAGAGAACCGAAGCGGGAGUACAAAACAGCUGUGGGCUGAUCUCCAAUAUUGCCUUUGGUUACGCUUGCCCGAUCCCUCCAACCAAACAGGGGUCGCGGCUGGCGCUGAAGCACGCAAGUCGACCAGCAGGCUGGCUGCGGAGGCGCCUUUUGGUGCCACCACCGUGAGCGGGGCGAAUGCUUCGAACGAGCCGUGUUCCGCGGGUCGGACUCCGGCCGGCGCCGCGUGCUUCACGCACCCCGUCCGACGGACCCCCGAGCCGGCUCCCGGUGCUGACGUCAGCAAGGUCCGGGUGACUUCACUGCACAGCUGGUCCCGCGCCUCUCCGUUUCAAUGA